UUUGAAUUCGAGGACUCCAAAGAGCAAUUGGAGAAAAGGAGAAAGAAGCAGCUGGAAAGUGAAGUGAGAAUUGUUUCUUAAAAUGUCAUGUUUGCUCCGGUAUAGCCGAUGGCUUUCGCGCUUCAAAAGCCGGCAAUCCCAAAAGAAUCAACUUCUGGCAUUUUCCUCCGAAGCAGCCACUGAGAAACCCAGACCUCCUCCGAUCCGUGUCGGACUUACUGAGUCGGCUGGUCGAGGCGUGUUCGCCACCCGGAGAAUCGGUGCCGGAGACGUCAUACACAGUGCCAAACCGAUUGUUUCUCAUCCUUCUCUCUCGAGUAUUAGUACUGUCUGUUAUUUUUGCCUCAAGAAGCUGAAUUUUGUGGAGUUUAAAAGCCAGAGUGUUGCGUUUUGCAGUUCAGAGUGCGAACUGAAUGCUAAGGUGUUUUAUGAUGUAGAGACAAAGGGAGAUUGGCUAGCUUUUGAUGACUAUUGCCGGACCCAAGGUCUAAAGUAUCCACUUGUGGUAAAACGGUUGGCUUGUUUGGUUAUAUCAGGAGCUGCAUCUGCUGAAAGUCUUGACAUACUUCAACCUGCUAGUUUAUCUCGUGAGAUGAUUUUAGAGAUGGAAGAGGGCUUUGGUUUGCUGAAGAGUGGCUUUGUUAACUCAAAUAUUGCUGAUGAACAGAUAGCAUUCUUAACCAAGCAAUGGUACAUUAAUGUGCUGGCACGCAUUCGUAUCAAUGCAUUUCGUAUUGAAUUGGCUGUAGGAUUGCAUGAAGAUCUUUUGUCAUCAGCCGCUGCCUGUAUAGAGGCUGAAGCUGCUGUGGGAAGUGCUGUUUAUAUGCUUCCAUCCUUUUACAAUCAUGACUGUGAUCCUAAUACACACAUUAUAUGGAUAGAGAAUGCAGAUGCAAGAUUGAAGGCUCUUCGAGAUAUUGAAGCAGAUGAAGAGCUCCGGAUCUGCUAUAUAGAUGCCAGUAUGGAUCAUGAUGCUCGACAAAAAAUCUUGCUUCAAGGGUUUGGCUUUAAGUGCAAUUGCCUUCGGUGUAUGUCAGGAGAAUAAGUGUUUUGAUUUUGUUAGUUGUAUUACUUCAUUUAUUGUUAGAAAAAGUAAAGCGAAUAGCUUCAAGUACUGUUGAGAAAGAUGCAGCAGCAGCAUCUGGGCUUGUUACUAAUUGCUAUUACUGUCUCCCUCUCAACCUGUUAUGUUUUAAUAUAAGGCAAGUUAAAAUUGGAUUAGGAUGUUUAACUUAUAUUUUAUCUUUUAAUUAUGAGUUGAUUUCUAUAAACUUCAGGAUUUUAAUUUUAA